CUCUCUCUCUCUCUGUCUGUCUCUCUCUCUCUCUCUCUCUCUCUCUCUCUCUCUCUCUCUCUCUCUCUCUCUCUCUCUCUCUCUCUCUCUCUCUCUCUCUCUCUCUCUCUCUGCUUGUGUAUCUUUAAGAACAUUACAGUGAACCGCAGUUCUGGAUGCUGCUCCGGCUUCUUUAACUUCCUGAGGUCAGAGUUCAAUGAAUCAGGACAACUGGACUUUUGUCUAUUUUCGAUCAGAACGUUUCACUGCUCAUCUGAGCUGCUUCUACAGUCUGGAGUCUCCAAUCUAGAGUCCAGGUGAUCUGAAUCAGCUUCCAGAUAACUUCACCGGAUGACUGAGAAUCUUCACACAUUCAUUAGCUACAUGUAAAACUAGCUACCUGCUCCAUAACCAGGUUGAGAAUGGACGAGGCAGAGAAGUACCAGCAGAGACUACAGGCAAUAGCGGAGAAGAGGAGAUUGCAGGAGGAGCAGGAUCGAGCAAAACGGCAACUAGAAGAUGAGAAACUCAGACUGCAGCAACUGAAAAGGAAGUCUCUGAGGGAUCAGUGGUUGCUGGAGGCACCUCCCCUUUCUCCAGACAGUGCAGGACCUCGAGCUCCUCUCUGGAGUACAGAAGCUCAGCAGAUUGAAGCACAACAGUUGCAGAGUGAGAUCAUAGAUAAAACAUACAAGCAUAAGGAAGACAGCUCAACUUCAGCCCAGUCACACACAGAUCUCCAUGGCAACAGCGAGAAAGUAAAUGCUGUGACACCACAUCCAUCAGGAAGUUCAGUGAACGGAGAGGAGAAAAGCACAGACCCUUCUUAUGACAAGUCUCUCACCAAUGGCACUGCACGAGAUGAGAAAUCCAACAGUGCUCCUCUUCAGCAUGUUAAUGACAUCACCAAGGGGGAGGAGACUCUUUUAUUCCUGGGUUAUACGGAGGCGGAGCCUGGGCAGGGUUUGUGUAAUGAUGAUGAUGAUGUCAGUGCAGUCAUUCGUGCAGAGAGAGUGAUCAUCACAGAGGAGGGAGUGGAAGUGACCCAGGACACGGAAGCAGAGGAGGAGAAAGUGGAAGAGGAAGGAAGAGAAGAGGAAGAAAUAAUAAAGCAAGAGGAAAAAAGAGAGGAGGAAAUAGAGGAAGAACUAGAGAAGGAAAGAGAGGAAGGAAGAGAAGAGGAAGAAAUAAUAAAGCAAGAGGAAAAAAGAGGGGAGGAAAUAAAGGAAGAACUAGAGAAGGAAAGAGAGGAAGGAAGAGAAGAGGAAGAAAUAAUAAAGCAAGAGGAAAAAAGAGAGGAGGAAAUAGAGGAAGAACUAGAGAAGGAAAGAGAGGAAGGAAGAGAAGAGGAAGAAAUAAUAAAGCAAGAGGAAAAAAGAGGGGAGGAAAUAAAGGAAGAACUAGAGAAGGAAAGAGAGGAAGGAAGAGAAGAGGAAGAAAUAAUAAAGCAAGAGGAAAAAAGAGAGGAGGAAAUAGAGGAAGAACUAGAGAAGGAAAGAGAGGAAGGAAGAGAAGAGGAAGAAAUAAUAAAGCAAGAGGAAAAAAGAGAGGAGGAAAUAGAGGAAGAACUAGAGAAGGAAAGAGAGGAAGGAAGAGAAGAGGCAGAAAGAAUAAAGCAAGAGGAAAAAAGAGGGGAGAAAAUAGAGGAAGAACUAGAGAAAGAAAGAGAGGAAGGAAGAGAGACAGAAAGAGAGGAGGAUGUUUUGCAGAAUAAUCUAGAAAUGCCCAGUGAGGCUGGUGAAGUUACUGAGUUUGAGGAAGGUCUCAGAAAUAACAACAGAGAAAUGAACGCAAAUGUUGAACCAUCAAACGAAGACACAAAAGAAAGAAAAAUCUCACACACUGAUGAAGAAACGAUUGCAGGCCCUGAAACAAAAUCAGUCACAGACUCAGAUUUAAUCACAGAUUUGAUAUCAGAUGCAGAUCCAGCAGCAAUUAUUGAACAGGAAACAGCAGCAGCUGAAGCACCAGGGGGCGCCGUUCAAAUACCCUCUGACUCUACCACACUGUCUGCUUCAGCCCCGAAUCCUAACGGUGCCCAGAAAUCUCCAGAUCCCGCUUCGUCCCCCACAAACGCCGCAGCACAGUUCCAGGAAAUACCACUGGGUGGAGCUACGGUAGAAGAGGAGCCGCUAUUGGCCACGAAAGUGGGACCGCUGACAGAAGCAACUAACCCAACGCCGGCCGAGGGGGCAAAGACUAAAACCUGCCAGUGCUGUACAGUCAUGUGAUCAUGAUCACUAACCCUAACCCAGUCAUGUGAUCACGAUCACUAACCCUAACCCAGUCAUGUGAUCACGAUCACUAACCCUAACCCAGUCAUGUGAUCAUGAUCACUAACCCUAACCCAGUCAUGUGAUCACGAUCACUAACCCUAACCCAGUCAUGUGAUCACGAUCACUAACCCAGUCAUGUGAUCACGAUCACUAACCCUAACCCAGUCAUGUGAUCAUGAUCACUAACCCUAACCCAGUCAUGUGAUCAUGAUCACUAAUCCUAACCCAGUCAUGUGAUCACGAUCACUAACCCAGUCAUGUGAUCACGAUCACUAACCCUAACCCAGUCAUGUGAUCAUGAUCACUAACCCUAACCCAGUCAUGUGAUCACGAUCACUAAUCCUAACCCAGUCAUGUGAUCACGAUCACUAACCCUAACCCAGUCAUGUGAUCAUGAUCACUAACCCUAACCCAGUCAUGUGAUCAUGAUCACUAACCCUAACCCAGUCAUGUGAUCAUGAUCACUAACCCUAACCCAGUCAUGUGAUCACGAUCACUAACCUUAACCCAGUCAUGUGAUCACGAUCAUGUGACUUCCACAGUCCUGCAGCCAGACGCUUCAGCUGAAUAUCUGAUCACAAAGCCGGUCUUUAACCUGACACCGAGACACGGACUGACCUUAGAUCAGAACUAUCACAGUGACGCUGUUCACCAUCACCGGCCAAUCAGACAAAAACAGGAAGUACUACAUCCAUGAACUAACACAUUUCCUUCAUUUGCUUUGAGCAAUAUCUGUCAUUUUUAAAACUCUUUAAAUUAUCAGCACUUUACAAUGAAAUGAUCUCUUACUUGUGUGUUUAUUUCAUGCGCUUGGUGUGUGUGGGGUUUUGUUUUAGUGGUGAAAUGUAAGGAAGCAGCUGCAAAUUUUAUGUGAAAGAUAAUAAAGUUACAUUAGCUUCAGUUUUAAAUGUUUGGUGCUGCAGCUUGUAAAAGCUUUCAGUUUGAUCAGACAGCUGAGGAGUCUGAUCUAAAAAGCUCAUCGUAAUCUGUUUAUUUCUGUAACAAACGUUUGGACAGAAUUACAGCAGUUGUGUUUAAGGCAGAUCCACUACAUCUUAUAUGGAUGUAAGUUUCUCUACGGCUGCAGUUCUCCAGCUCCAGCACGCCACCUGCUGGUCAUCUCCAGGCCCAACGUGUAACAUGUACAUACUCUUACUAAGCCAUAAAGCCAUAUUUAUAGAUUUAUAUAUAUAUUUUUUUUUCCUCAGCUGAUUUUUAGCCAUUACAUUCUUUCAAUGUUCAGAUUGCUAACAGAUUACUGAACGUUUCUGAACAUUAAAUAUUUUGUUAUCUACUUCAUCUCAGUUGUAUUUUUAAUGUUAUUCUUUAUAAUGUCACCAUGUCUUUGGGAUUUUCUGAUAUUUCCUGAUAUCAUAGUUGAAUAAAUAUAUAAUCCAUUAA